GAACAGACAUACGCAGGUGAGAAGGGUGACAAAGGGCCACGUGGAACUUAUGGCAAAGAUGGAAAAACGGGACACCCUGGACUCCGUGGUCCGGCAGGCGCCAAAGGUGCAAAGGGGAAUACAGGACGGUUUGGAGAGCCAUGUAAAAUGUAUUAUGCAGCUUUCUCUGUUGGCCGAAAGAAAGAACUACACAGUAACAAUUACUACCAGACAUUGGUGUUUGAUACUGUAUAUGUCAAUCUAUAUGAUCAAUUUAAUAUGUUCACAAGCAGAUUUUACUGCUCCAUCCCAGGUAUUUACCACUUUAGCUUAAAUGUACACACCUGGAAUCAGAAGGAAACCUAUAUGCACAUCAUGAAGAAUGAGCAGGAGGUUGUCAUUCUCUAUGCUCAGCCCAGCGAUCGCAGCAUCAUGCAAAGUCAGAGCAUUAUGAUGGAUCUGAAACAGAAUGAUGAAGUCUGGAUUCGUUUGUUUAAGGGAGAACGGGAGAAUGCCAUCUUCAGCGAUGGCUUUGAUACGUACAUCACCUUUAAUGGCUACCUGAUUAAACCAAACAGUGAGAAUUGAAUAAAUAAUUAAAUCAGUAACACUUCAAUGAAUAGAGGUCUGUCAUUCGAAAGCAAUAAGGAAGCUUACAAAAGGGAAACUCCAGCUUUCUGUUAUAAAAGUUGUUUUAUGUCUCUUAUCUUGAUUUUUAUUGCAGCUAAAAUCAUUUUUGUUACUUAUUGUAUUCUUUUUACUCAGCCUUUCCAAAACACAGAAAUCUAUACCUGUUUUUGUGGCUUGCUUUCAUUCCAUGGUGCUAUAAUAGGCACUGUCAGUCUUAUCACUUUGUGCAGUUUUGUUCAUUCAGAGAAAGCGGUGAAGAUUCCGAUCUCCCUUGUAAUGUAGAAAGCAAGAAUGCUGUUUUCUGUGGCUGAUAUUAAAGUCUCUAAGUAUGGGGAAUGUCAACAAUCAAACAGGCUGCUUUUAUAACCUGUAUAUGUACAUCCAAUUUAUAUUCUGUUAUCAAACUAUCACGUAACUAGGUGGAAGUGAGUUAUCGUCCAUCAUUAUCUGAGUUCAUAUAAAUAAGAUUGUUAAGAUUUUAUUUUAUGGGAUGAAAUCACCACAACAAAAUCAAAGCCUCCACUUUGUUCUUAUCUUGAGGGGCAACUUUAGUAUAACCUGUGGGUCCAGAUUUAAUAAGAGAUAACAAGGUGUAGAGCUGGAUGAA